AGACUGUGGGCUAAGUUUGUCCGCCCCGGCUUCCCCUCACGAGUCGACGGGGCUUUGUUUCAUUGAUGAACAACGGCUGUCGGUUUCGUUUAAAAAAGAAAAACAUCACACUAAAACUAGAGACGGUGAAGCACGUUCGUGACAUUUUGGAUAAUUUGUGAGGAAGGGAGAGGAGAGGGAAAGUGCGACGGAGCGGACAAAGUUGACACUUGGCUGUCAUGUUCGGUACUUGUUGAAUAGGCUGUGUACGUACACAACACUGGAGCCUGUGAGGCAGCGUGCUGGGAACAGGGUCUUCUGUAUCACCAUGAGGCAGUGACAGAACAGGCACAAUGAUGGCAGAGCUGGAAAUUGACCAGACCAACCUUCCACGUGUCCAAGAAGUGUGCCAGUGUUUCGCUGUGCUGGAGGAUGGAGUGUUGGCACACAACCUGCAGGAACAGGAGAUUGAGCAAUAUUACACCACCAACAUCCAGAAGAACCAGCUAGUGCAGAAUGACAUCCGUGUAGCCAGAAGACUGCAGGAUGAGGAGGAAGAGGAGUGGACCCAGCAGAGCACCCUCCACAGACAGGCUUCCAGACAACUGGAGGAGGAAGACUUUGAGUAUGCCCGUGUAAUUCAGGAGGAGAUCCAGCGUUGUGCAGAGGAGGCCCGGAGGAGAGAGCAGGAGGAUGAGGAAAUAGCUAAACAAAUGCAGGAAGAAGAGGAGCAGAAAAUCAGCAGGAGGAGCAGAGGGCAGGAGGACCAGGCGGAAGGCAGCACCAGUGAUCCUGCACAGCUCUCCCCACACCAGCACACACUCAGCAGCCAGGGAGAGGAGCAGUACUCAGCUACCACCACCAGGUGGCAAUGUUCUACCUCUCACAACCUUUCAGGUUUAACAGGGCCUCAGGCCGACUCCCCCAGGGGGGCAGCAGCUCAGAAAAACACAACUUCAUGGUCAAAUCAAGGACACACAGAUUCCAUAAGGGAAAUUAGGAGUGAAUCGAGAAAGCGUUUAAGUGAGGAUUCAGAGGACUCGGACUCAGUUUUCUCUGAAGAGCUCUCUGUCUGGUUCCAGAGACAGAAUGAAAGACACAACACAGCACCUCCUCGACGGCAGGCAUCUUUACAUCAGCCGCAAGAGAGAAACUACAGAAGUCUUUGCUCUCGCAGCAGCUUCACAGAGGAGGAGAGAGAAGAAUGGAAUGAGGGCCAUUAUGAAAAUGGUGAUCUAGAGAGGAGAAACCCUAGGAAUUUGGAUCAGGGAAGGAACCAUAGAGAGAAGUAUGAGGGUUUGCACAAGAGCAGAAAUCAGGAUAGAGACUGUAGGUUGGUCGAAGUAAGAGAAAGGCAAUGUAGUCGCAGUGAGUCUGUCAGGCUACAUGACAGGAGUAAACACAGCAACAGAGACUUAGCCAGGACCUGGAGCUACAAAGACAACCCGGACAAACAUGUCCGUUUUCAGGAUAACAGCAGGAGCUCUAACAGGCAGCAGGAUAAAACCAGCCGAGUCUGGGAGAUGCUGGGCCAGGUCCUCAGAGAGAGGGGCGUCCCUGUGAAGUUUGGCGGCAAUGGGGCACCACUUCAAAUAAGGCCUCAAAGCAGAGACAGCCAGGUGCUUCAUGGGAGUGAGGUCUCCUGCAGCGACUCCCAACCACAUCAGAGAGUCUUCCAGAGAGCUGCCACCGCCAGGCACAGUUUCCAUGGAGAUAUGAGGGAGAGGAGGAGAAUGUCGUACCAAGAGAACGGUGGGAGAGAUCACAGGGAGGACGGAAACUGGCACCGUAAUAAUGUGGGGCAUGAUAAGGUUUAUGAGCAUAGUCGUAGAGACUCCUAUCUUUCUAACAGAGAUAGGGGAGGCAGUAGGAGAGAGGACCGAUACGAUGACGAUAGCGAGAGGAAUGCAAAUGAUUGCAGGGUCAAGAAGGCAACGAGUGAACGCAGGCGUUGGAACAGGACCAUAGAAGAAAGGUUAAGCUCAGAGGAGGAGCAGGAGGUGGAGAGGAGAGUAGAACAACCCCGGCGAAGAGCCCCACUGCGCAGCCAAAGCCUCCGCAGCAGCAGGACUGCAACCAGGGAUGGGGCGCGGCACGUGGCAGCAGAAGCGUCACUACAACCAGAGUCAGGCGAGACAAGCCUGAACCUGGGGGAGCUGCGUCAGGUCCUACAGGACGAAGAAUUGGCUCAAAAGCUGCAGGAGGAAGAGGCGAGGCUGCUGAGAAGGAAUUCCCAGCCCUCUCCACGUACUUACCCAGAAGGAGAUUUCCGAGUAGCACAAGUUGCGCAGGAUGAGGAAAUUGCACGAUUCAUGCAGAAGCAGGAAAUUAAGUCAAAGCGAAGAUCUCGUGAGUUAGAAGGGCCAGCAUCGUGGCGCGAGCACAGAGCCAUGAUCAGCCAUCAUGACAGACGGGCUGCAAGAGACAGAACUGUCCAACGAGAGAGGCUUGACUCAGAGGGCCUUCCUUCCCCCACUGAGGACUGCUCCCCAGAGAACCAGCCACCCAGCCCCUUCUCCACUAUACCACAAACCCAGCAGAUCAGAAACAUUGCAGAAGAGCUGGACCCAACCUUCAUGGCCAGGAGGCAAAGCACAGAGAGCCUCAGAUUGGGACCAACAGCUCCAACCUGUCAGUCCCCUCCCAUGCCACAUUCUGGCUUACACGACUUACUGGAGGAGCCUACUUUCAUUCCACCAACAAAACGGCAAACGGACAAAUCAGGACGCACAAAACCCAAAGAGAAGAAGGAAAAUUGCAAGCAACAAUAAUCUUUCAAUAUUCUGUGCUGUUGGAGUGCAAAUACCUGUAUAUAUUUUAUAACACUAUCAGUUCAGCUACAAAGGUUGAAGAUUACAAGUUCUCUCUAUCUGCUACCCCUACUAGCACUUUAGACCAGUGGAACAAAGGAAAAAGCAAAAGAAUUGAGAGAAGUGACAUUUAAAAAAUGUUUCUUGAUAAAGUGAAUAAUGGCAACACUUUGGACUUGUCUUUCUAAUUUUCAAAGGGAAAAUUUUGGUUUAUUGAAGUAUUGUUUGAGUUCUCCAGUGUUAAUGACCAUUUAAUUUAAACAGUAUACCUUUUUUUAAAUAUAUCUGUAACUUUUAUUUGUUUUUAUUUAGUUAAGCAGUGAGCAUCCAUCCAUUAUCUUUAACUGCUUCUUGAUUUGUCAUUUUGGGAACUCUUUAAUGAUGCAGUGGUGGGGCGCUAUUACCUCAAGGGAAGUGGGCCAGCUGGUGGGUUUGAACUGUCGUGCUGUGAGAUCACAGUGCAGACCACUGAGCCACCAAAGGGCAUCCAAUACGUCAAAUGGCAUAACAAGAAGUAACAGUGAUAACCCUUGAACCUGACUGACGUGGUUCUUGGAUGAGCUACUUCAAAACAUCCACAUUUGGCUUGUCUGCCAACUUUGUUUCAACACAGUUUGGCAGGGCUCCAGCCAGCGACAAUCAAAUGAACUUCUGUAACGUUUAUGGAAAUGAACGGAAAUCCCAUUUUUUGAAAAAUAUAUAACAAAUGUUGUCAAAUUAUGUUAAAUUGUUUUGUAAUAUAUCCAGAUAUUACUAUGUCCUUCAGUAUAUGUAACAAGGUAAUCUAAGCUAAAAGAUCCACUUUCUUUUUUUAGCUUUUUUUGGAGGCUUCAACUACAUCUCACGGUUAUCAACAUCAGACUCCAAAGACCUUCAUUGAAGUGAGAUUGGGGUUACAAUCACUUGUUAUCACAUGACUAAAUUCCAACCUAUAAGUCACAUGAUGACAUCUGAGCCAGGUACAUUCACUGAUGAUCGUUGAAAAGCUCCAAAAAGCUGAUAAUUAGACCUUUUAGGCUUAAAUGACUUGGUACAUAUCCUACUCAUAUAUAGUUUGCUAGGAGGGUUUUUAUCAGUCCAGAGAAAAUAAUGUCAGCUCACAUUAUUCAUUAUACAGAAUACCUGCUUGUACACCAGAUUGGACUUUUUCGCACAUAUAACCAGUCAUUGGUCUUGGGUUUUCUGUUUAUGUUUUUGUAUGUUCAUAUUGCUCCCAUGUUUAAAACACUCUUUUUGCUUUUUGUUUCUUAGUUUUUUUACAAAUGAACUACGCCACUGUUUAGGUGGACCACUAUGAAUGCAAUUGUUCUGUAUGAAAGUGCAACAAAUAAAAUAAAAAGUCCAAUUUUUAUUGUCUAAGAA